AUGCAUGUGAAAAGUGAACGGAAUCAUCUUUCAAGCCAAGAAAUUGCAGUUGCAUCUAGAGAAGUAAUUAUUAAUAAAGAAUGUACACAUCUCAAUCUAUUCGAUCAUCAAAUUUUGCCAGAAAAUGUCUCACCGAUAGCUUCGGCAUUAUCUGCGGAUACUUUAUUAACAAGCUUAGAACUUGGAAAAUGUUCUCUCAAUGAUGCAGGUGUUCGAAUUCUUGUUGAAAGUCUUUCCAUGCAGAAUUCUCUUAAAUGUCUUGAUCUUUACGACAAUUCUAUCACAGAUAUUGGUGCUGAAUAUUUAGUUGAAAUGUUAAGAACGAAUAAAUCUUUAACUCAAUUGAAAGUGGCGUACAAUAAAAUUAGCAAUGAAGGAAUGGAAAUAUUGGCUCAUGUACUCAUUCACAAUAACUCAACGCUCAAACGCUUGAGUCUUGCAGGAAAUAAAUUGAUAGAUGAUUCAUCUAGUGAUUCAAUUUGCAAUAUAAUUAGACUUAAUCAAGCAUUAAAAAUGCUCAAUAUCGAAGAUUGCAAUCUUAUUUCAUAUGGCCCACCAGUAAUUUUACUCUGCAAAUUAACUAAUUUUCGCCUGAACUUGGAAAUAUUAUUAUGA